GCUUUGUAACCCUUCUACUUCCUUUUUGUCUAAAUGGGUUCGUCCCGGUGGAGAGGGGUUCGGAGGGAACAACCUACAUAUAGGCAAGCCCCUCCCAUUCUCCAUUUACAAAGUACUACUACUGCUUUUCCCUUUUUGCUUCUGCUUCAUCACUUUGUGAUUUCCUUCUGGCAUGGUCUUUACUCUCAUAGCAUGGAUGAUCGACCAGUUCCUCCUUACUUUACCUUAACAUACUUUGUGUAUCUAUUUCAGUGGAGCUUUCUUUCUUUUUUUUUUUUUAUCCACAGCAUCCGCGGGGCAUAUUUGGAGCGAAGGAGUUGGACUGGGGCUCAUUCCUCGAUUCGUCUUGAAGACAUUCGUCGUCGGUUACUUGGUUUGCAUUUACAUUCACUGAUUCAUAUCUCCUUUCCCAAUUUGUCAUUUUUUCCCUGGCCAUUCAUGACAAAAAGGUUAAUGAUAGCGGUUGAUUUCUUGCACCUUUUCUUUUUUCAAUAGGGAUGGUUAUAUGUACGUCUUGAUUCGCACGCACUGCAUCGCAUUGGAGGUAUAGCCUGGACAGCCAUUCGUAAUACUAUACUAUCUCUGCAGACGAGACAUGAACAAGCUUCCAUCCAAAUCCGCCAUUGCGGCGUAGCUCCUGCUGGACUAUUGAGCCACGAAGUAGUGAAUUU